AGGUGGUGUGGUGUGUUCGUUUUUUUAGGCUGCAAAUGAAGAAAGUGUGACCAAAUCAUUUGGAGGGUUAGAAUAACGCAAUUGCAGUAUGGGGACUUAUUGGCUCCUGCUUUCAAAAUGCACUUUCACUUUGUUUUAAUUAAAUGUACACACAGUUAAUGGACAUAUAUGCAUGGAUGAGAUGUGAAAAAAGUGGCCAGACCGGAUGGUUGGAGUUGUAAAAUGUCAUGUUACUCUGUGUGUACUUGUCACCUGAUCGCAACCCAUUUAUCGCCUUUUUGAAAAGACUUUGGACCUACAAAACAGCCAGCAUAUUUCCACCACAUACUCGUCUCAACAGCAGAGAAGAAAACACAGUAUCUCUGUAUAGCAUUCCCUGCCUUUCCAAAGGUUGAACUUGCUUUUGUUUGAGAUACAGCAGUUUAUUAGUGUAGUUUAACACGACACUGCAUCAUAAUUAACAUUUUGAUCAUACAAACUAUUUUAUACACAGUAUAAAGCUACCUAAAAGAUGGCACGCUACAAAGCAUUUUUACACUAUAGAAAAUUAGAAUCACUACAGCACAAUAGGUCUUCUGUCUAAUGUGACUUUUUUCCCCUUACUGAGUCACUCAGCAACAGUAUUAUCUUAUAUGAUUAUUUACACCAUUUAUUUCGAAUGUGUGCGUGUGUGUGUUUGGAGAGAGGGCGGAGGAGUACUGGACAGAUUCAAAUUUAUUGUUUGGUUUGAUUGAUGUAAGGUUGUCAGUUCCACUUGUUUGCACGGAUUACGAUGUAUUGGGGAUGUUCUACAGUAUUGUUUGCCAUCAGUUUCUCAUGUUUUUUAAAGUUCUACAAGUAUUUGGAGGGUUUGGGGUACACGAUACCUUCGGAAGCCUAUGUUGGACUUCAUUUCCCACAAUGCAUCUGGCCGUCAUCUUUCGAAACAGCUUUCUAGGCAUUUUUUCUUUUUUAAGACAAGCGUGGACAUGGGUUGUGUCUCAAGUGUUAAGCCUUUAUAUGUAUUUUUUUUUACUUGCCUCUGGCUUGAGAGUAAUGGAACGUAUCUCGCUAUGACGCUGUGAUCCGAAUGGAGAAGUGGAACCACGACACGCGUGUCAAGAAAAAGACACGAAAACGGAAGUUUGAAGCCAUCGGUAAAUAUUUGAGCAAAAAUAUUUUCAGACUUGUUUUGAGACUUGAGUGACAAGUUUCACCAGGUGGAUUCCCCCCCCCCCCCCUUUUCUGUCAGCCGUAGCAGUUUUUGUUUGUGCAUUGUCAGGAACAGAAAGAAAGGAAGUACUUUUGGUCACGAGUGAAAGGCACUCAUAGCUUGAUUAUUCAUCUUUACAUUGUCUGGAAGCGUUAAAAGCCAAGUCACCCGUUCUAUUAAUCAUAUCAAGGAGGAGGAGAAUGGAUACGUAACCCUGACUAGAAAGCUCCUCCUAUGAUGUAGGCGCUCAAGAAUGCCAUUUCAUGUUCAGUAUUCCAUCAAGUUCGGAUUAGUUUCAACGGGGCUGUGUGAUCAUCUUUCACGCGAUUUCAUUUGAUGCUUCAUGCAGCAGAUUUUCGUAAAAGCUGACUUAGAUGUUCCUGUUUUAGUGACACUAUUGUAUAUUUGUAAAUCCAACAAGGACAGACCUCUAAAUUGUAAAUAAAGACACUUGAAUCCGCAGCAAGUCAUCAUGGAGCCAUGUGCCCCGGUCGAGAGGGAGAUAAGGACCUUGUCACUUUGCCGGCGUUUGUGUUAUGCCGUCGGGCAUUUUCUCAAUGACUUGUGCGCCUCGAUGUGGUUCACCUAUCUGCUGGUCUACCUGCACUCGGUCCUGGGUCUUCGGAGCACCUUUGCUGGAGUGCUGCUGCUCGUCGGACAGGUGGCAGAUGGAGUGUGCACUCCAAUCAUUGGAUACGAAUCUGACAGAAGUCCCUCCAUGAGACACGGCAAGAGAAAAAGCUGGCAUUUGUUGGGAACCAUCUGUGUUAUCCUGUCUUUCCCUUUCAUUUUCAAUCCCUGCCUGGCGUGCUCAGCAAACACUCCCCAAUGGGCCAAGGUGGUCUACUUUGCCCCCUUCAUCAUCAUCUUCCAGUUUGGCUGGGCGGCCACUCAGAUCUCUCACCUCUCCCUCAUCCCAGAGCUGGUGUCCAGUGAGAGCGCCAAGGUGGAGCUCACCGCGUACAGGUACGCCUUCACUGUGGUGUCUAACAUCACGGUGUACACUGUGGCCUUUCUGCUCUUUCACUUUCUGGCUCAAGAGGACAUAACGGACAACUUGAGCUCGGCGGACAUUCCUCUCUUUCGGAUGCUGUCUCUCAUCGUAUUGGGUGUUGGAGCAGUGUUCUCGUUCAUAUUUCACAUUGGCACAAAGGAGAAGUCAGGAGAGGAUCUCCUGCUCACACCUUCCCCUGAUGAGGACGCAGCGCCUGUUCGAGUGUUGCAGUGGAAACAUUGGCUUAAAGAGCCUUCUUUCUACCAGAUGGCCUUUCUCUACAUGUGCACGCGACUUAUAGUCAACCUGUCCCAGACGUACAUCUCCGUUUACCUCACCAACUCACUGAUGCUACCAAAGAAGUACAUUGCCAUCAUACCGCUGGUGAUGUAUGUCAGCGGCUUCGUUAGCUCGCUGACAAUGAAGCCAAUCAGCAAGCUCGUAGGCAUCAGUAUGAUGUAUUUUGUGGGCUUGCUGCUGGUGAUGGGCUUUGCCCUUUGGGUGUUUUUUGACAAAACAAUGGGAGCUGAAAGCAUCUACGGCGCGGCGGUGUUGCUAGGAGCUGGCUCGGCCGUCAUCCUCGUCAUGUCUCUCUCUAUGACCGCCAAACUCAUCGGAGAGCAAACGCAAAGUGGAGCCUUUGUUUAUGGAUCGAUGAGCCUCACAGACAAGGUGGCCAACGGUGUGGGUGUCAUCAUCAUUCAGAGUAUCAGACCGUGCAGCACAGAGGCAUGCUGCUCGGAGUGUAUUUGGUUUUAUCGUGACGUCAUGGCAACGGUAACGGGAGGUGUGGCGGUGGCUGCUGCAGUUGGCCUCUUAACAAUUCUCAUUUGGCCUCUGAAGACGAGGAAAUAUGAAUGAUGGAUUAUUAGCAUCAUUCCUAAACUAUGCUUUGAGAUUGUGAAACUAAAAAAGUGUUAAAUGCAUGGCAUGCUAUUCUAUUCAUACUAAAUGACAUUUGCACACAAUUUACUUGUUGUUUUGUUGAAAUAUUUUGUGUUCUAAAGUCAAAGCCAUGCAUAAUGAAUAUAGAUAGCUAACCUUAUUUGUUAUUCACUCAAACUCACUAACAGCUAACACUAUGCAACGUAAUCCUGAGGACACUAAACAAAAUUGCUGUGUAGUACAGGCGAUUUUUGUUUGAGUAAGUUUUAAGUAAGCUUGAAGUAAGUUUUUAUGUUGUACAGUACAUAUUUCAUGAUAUUUUCUGUCGUUGACUGGGAGAAAUGACAUAAUUCUACUGCCUUAUGUGAAGUGUGUGGCAUCCAUUUUAAAUGAGGUCAAAUGAUGGUCCUUGCCGUAUACAGAAAACAAUUGAGUGAUCAAUCAAUAAAAAAACUCAAUCUCAACAAUA